UCAUUAUCCGUUUAGCUGAAGCAUUAGUGGAAAUGGAGAGUGAUUUGGUUAGACGCAGAAUUCACAUGAUUGCAGCCCACUUUGCCCCCAGUGAUGAGAUUUCAACUACCCAUGUUCUGCCUAUGAACUGCAGUGGUAGUCUGAACUCUGUGCUGCGGAGAUGUGAUAAUAAGGUGUUUUUUGCGCGCCAAGCAUCAGCUUCUCUUGGUUAUUUUAUGAGGCAGAUGUCAAUUGAAGAGGGUGGCUCAACUUCCUUUAUUGAUCCUAAAACUCAUAGUGCUACAUCUGAAAGUCCGUCUAAAACAAGAGCACCGUGUUUUGCUAGAUCUUCAAGGACUGAAUCAGCUGUCACAAAUUCAGUGGUCCAACCCAUGGCUCAGGUGCAGGGUUGUGAUUUUAGUACACUGGAGACUCCUAGAUUUGCCAGGCCAAGCAAAAAGAUUGGAAGAGGAGACCAGUUACAUUCUGAGAAAAAAAUAUGCUAUUCAGAAAUUGGAAUUGAGUGGUCUCCAAGGAUGGAUGUUGCAGAAUCAGAAGGCAAAUUUGUUAUCACAGUGGAAGUUCCCGGUGUUAGUAUAAGUGACAUAAGAGUGGAGGUUGAUGAUCAAAAUGACAGGUUGUGUGUCAAAGGUAUACGCUCCACUAGCUCUUUGACAGUUUCAGGUUGUCCAAAUGCUUCAUUUUCUUCAUAUCAUAGGAGGGAGAUACUAUAUGGACCAUAUGAAGUUGUCUGGCCGCUUCCAGCUGGUGUGAACAAGGACACAAUAUCAGCUGAAUUUUUAAGCAAUAGCAUGCCAAAAGUUGAGCAAAACAACGCUUGAGACAUCAAACCCACCGUUGGGAUUCUCAAAUGUGGAGCUAAACAUGCUAUGACUUAAACAUCCAAUCCAAACAAGCCUUUGCCCUCUAUUUCACUCCCAUAAAAAAAAAGCUUUCCCAAUAUAACUUAAAAUAAGUAUAGUUUUUGAUUGGCCUGCUGAAAAACCAUAACUUGUUCUCUUUGUAUGUGACCCAAUUAAGCUUCAGGAUUCCAUGUCAUUUUAUUUGACACGUGUGCUAAUAGUGGCUGGAAUAACUUCAAGGAUUGGUUUAGUAUGAAUUAGGAUGUGAUGUUAUUGGGUUUGUACAAGUUCAAAGAUAUUUUCUGUGACCAACAAAGUUCAGCAUAUAUUGUAGAUAGUUGUGCUCCUUAAGCAUGUUGAUUCAAUUCUUAUCUGUGUGUAUGAAAAAGACUUUGUUAGGAGAGGUGAAACUCACUUUGGUCAUCUCUAUGCCUAUAAUGGAUUAGUUUUAGCUAUAAACUAGGAAUAGCCUUGGUAUACCCAAAAAAGAAAUAUAUGUGCUGUAUCUUUAUACAUUUGAA